AGGGAACAAAUAUCCGGGAUUACCCGUCUCCGCUCGCCCCCCCCGCUGAGGUCUCCUGCUCGUUCUCUCUCCAUCAUGUCAACAGGGAUCGGAUGGUGCAGGUGCUUGAGAUGUGGCUGUGUGGUGCGUCUAACGAGGAGAGUGACAGCUUCUUAACGGGCUCUUAGAACCUAGAGUCCUGUAGCGAGAGCCCGACGGACGAGGGGCAGCCACCGUCACCUUCAUCACCUUCAUCACCUUCAUCACCUUCAUCCUCACAGAUGUAGGCCCAACGAUGCAGGAUGGGUCUACCGGUGGUCAGCCCACACCGAUACGGAGAUGUGCUCAAAUGUGAGCUGCGAGGAGAGGGAGAGGAGGGCGAGAGCCAGAGUGAAGCCGGCCCCCCCGUCAGGCCGCCUGUCAUCAAGAAGAGGAGGAAAGGCAAGAAGAGAUGACUGUGGAUCAGCCUCACCAACUGCAAAUAUGAAAGUGUGCGGCGAGCUGCCUGCAGGUUCGGCCUGAAGGAGGUGGGGGAGGGCGAGGACUGGACUCUGUUCUGGACGGACUUCUCCGUGACGCUGCUCCGCGUGAAGGACAUGAAGUGUUACCAGAAAAUAAACCAUUUUCCCGGGAUGAAUGAGAUCUGCCGCAAAGAUCUACUGGCAAGAAACAUGAACCACAUGUUGAAGCUCUUCCCCAAAGACUACGGCAUCUUCCCCCGGACCUGGUGCCUCCCCGCAGAUUACAGCGAAUUCCAAGCGUACACCAGAUCCAAGAGACACAGGACGUACAUCUGUAAGCCAGACAGCGGCUGCCAGGGCAAAGGCAUCUUCAUCACCAAGUCCAGUAGAGACGUUCCAGCUGGAGAACACAUGAUCUGCCAGGUCUACAUCUCCAGGCCUUUCAUCAUCGACGGGUUCAAGUUCGACCUGCGUAUCUACGUGCUGGUGACGUCAUGUGACCCGUUCAGCGUGUUCAUGUUCAAGGAGGGACUCGCUCGCUUCUGCACCACGCACUACAACGAGCCCAAGCAAGGCAACGUGGAUGACGUGUGCAUGCAUCUCACCAACUACUCCAUCAACAAGAACAGUGAGAGGUUCGUCCGGGACGAGGACACCGGCAGCAAACGAAAACUGUCCACGCUGAACCGGUACCUGGAGUCCAUCAGCUGCAACACGGAGAAGAUGUGGAGCGACAUCGAGGACGUGAUCAUCAAGACGCUGAUCUCAGCUCAGCCCACCCUGAAGCACAACUACCAGACCUGCUUCCCCAACCACACCAACGGCAGUGUGUGCUUCGAGAUCCUGGGCUUCGACGUGCUGCUGGAUCACCGGCUGCGGCCCUGGGUGCUGGAGGUGAACCACUCCCCGAGUUUCACCACCGACUCGGCGCUGGACCGCGAGGUGAAGGACGCCUUGUUGUACGACACCCUGGUUCUCAUCAACCUCGGCGCCUGCGACCGCCGCAAGAUCACCAAGGAGGAGAAACGACGGGUGAAGGAGCGGCUGGAGCAGAACCAGACCCGAGAGGCCAGGCUGGAGGAGCUGCGGCAGUGCCAGGCGGCCACGGUGGAGCAGAUGGAGCAGUACGAGGCCGACAACCUGGGCGGCUUCAAGAGGAUCUACCCCCGACAGGGAUCGGAGAAAUACGACAAGUACUUCAAACACAGCAACGUCCUCUUCCAGAAGACGGCAGCGUCCCAGGCCCGAGAGGACUGCUCCAGGCAACAACUGCAGGAGCUGCGUCUGAAGGAGGAGAAGGUGAAGGAGAGGGAGCAGAGGGGCGGUCGGAGGAGAGACCUGCUGGGGGAGACAGCGGGGGAGCGGGUCAGACGUCGACAGACACCAGCUCGAGUCCCGCUCACACGGCCGCCUCGUCUGUCCCGGCUGGUGGAGGAUCCCGAAGCUGCACGCCUCCGAGCAGAGAAGCAGAAGGAGGAGGAGGAGGUGGAGGAGCAGGACGAGGAGGAGGUGGAGGAGGAGCAGCGGCGGGUCGAGGCCCUUCUCCAGAGGAAGAAACUGCUGCAGGACCUGGGGGUGGUGGAGCAGGUCCGGCAGCUGCUGCAGGGCCCGGCCGGGAAAGAGCUCCAGCAGCAGAGGAGGCAGCAGAGACGCCAGGAGACCAAGAUUGACCCUGUGAUGCAGUCGCCCCAGAGGAAGCAGCAGCAGCAGCCGCCCGGCCCUCAGACCACACGGCAGCGUGAGCUCAGACCCCCCCCGGCGGAGCAGAGCGGCCCGGACGAGUCCGUCGACCCGAUGCUCGAGUCCGAGAGCCACAACCGAGUGGGAGACGCUCACAGCACCAUCAACACCAUCAACACCAUCAACACCAUCAACACCCAGCGGAUCCACUGGCCAGUCAGCAGAUCUCUGGACCUGUGGCCGGAGAGCAGGAGAAGCUCCGUGUCCGACCCCCGGCUCAGCGCCUCCACCAUAAACCCCCCCGCUGCCUUGCAGAGCCUGCUGGUCAUCUCCAGAGCGCCGCUGGUCAGGAGGCCUGGCUUCCCUCACGCCAGGGGCCCCCGGCACGGCAAGGGCCAGCGCCGGUCAGGGGCCACAGACUGA